UGAUGCCGUGGUCCUGAUACAUGGCAUUCAGAAUCUGCCUACUCCUCUGCUGGUGGCUGUCACGGCCAGGCAGCCAGCUAUUGUCUAUGAUUUGAUCCAGGCAGGAGCAGAUGUCAGUGCUGUAGACAACAAGGGGCAGUCAGCCUUGCACCUCGCUGCAACGUAUGGGUAUGCCCAGGUCCUUCAGGUUAUACUGUCGCUAGGUUUUCCUCUUGAUUUAGAAAUGAAGAAUUUUGAAGGCCAUACCCCCCUGCACUGUGCCGUCCUGGCCCACAACGCCCUGCUGCGGGAGCAGGGGCACCCAGGGGUGACGAAGGAGCAGCAGGAAGGUCUCCAGCACCAGAGCGAGGAGCUGGAGAGCUGCAUCCAGCUCCUGGUGCAGGCGGGAGCCUCCAUCUACAGCCGGGAUGUGAAAAGCAACAAGACAGUGCUGCAUUACACAGUCCAGGAUGCGAACAUCUCCCUGCUUAGGUACUUCCUGGAGCUGAAUGCUUUCAAGUCCAGGGAUUUUGUCAACAGCAAGGCUCAUGGCAACACAGCUCUGCACAUGGCAGCUGCACUGCACUGCGACAAGAACCAGAAGGAAAUCAUCCAACUGCUCCUCGACCACGGGGCAGACCCGAGCAUCCGAAACUUGGACAACGAUCAGCCGAUCCACAUGGCUCCUCCUGGGAAAGCCGGGGACCAGAUCAGGCUUUUGCUGAAGAAAGGGAAAAUUGCAUCUGCAUUUAUUUCCUGCCGCCGAAAUGCCAGGUCCUAGGUUGCCUGCGCUGUCUGGAAUGGUUUCAACUUCAGCUUGCUGAUCGCAGAAAGCCUCCUAAAAAACCCUGUGAGGACGGUUAAUCGACACGUCUGUGCCCCUGAAAUCUUUAACCCCAAGUGGGACGACAGCGUUUCUCAACCUGUGGCCUGGGGACCGUGAGUAGCACGUAAGGUAUCAAGAGAUGAAAUUGGAAAUGGUUGAGAGUUUCAUUUUGUAAUGACCCUGUUCCAUGAAUUAGCAAAGAUUUGGAGUACAGCCACUCUUUGGCUUGGUGGCAGUUGAAACCCUAUGGUGGUGGCAGAGCACAAGGUGGUCCUUUGGCUGUAAAAGGUUGAGAAAUGCUGCUCGAAGACAGGCUCGCCCUGUUAGGUCCUGUACGGAGGUACCGGGUGAAAUGCUGAAGCCUUUGUGAUGUGCAAUUACCUGCGUUGUUCCUGCUAGCCUGGGAAUCCUGAACCUGAGGGAGGGAAAGGACUGGAUGGAGGAGGUCAAGCUAGCCUGGGGAGCUUUCCGCGGUGUGGCAUGGCCAUAUUUCCCCUGAGGGAACAGGCACCUGAGCUCAGGGCCUCCAGGGGAGGGUUCCUGCAAGCUGCCGCUAUCCCGUUUCUCAGUACUUUGUGGAAGAAAGCUGAAUCAGCCGGCCAAUGCCACUGAUCCUCGCCCCACCCCGAGAAAGGAAAGCAGACGCU